UUUUCUUUUUCUUUUUAUUUUUCUAGUUUCCCUUUGUUGGAAAUCACAUUGAAAACUCCUGCCAUAUCUCUGUUAUCAGUGAUCAGUAGAAUUUGCCUUUCUUUGACUGCUGUGGGGCAUAGCUUAGGAGCUUAAAUAUUUUAAUCCCUCUCUUAGAAGUUGGAACCCCAAACAAUAAAGACAUGGCUAAGUUAUAGAGCAACAAAUAUCGCAUCCAUCCUGCCAACCGUUUGCGGCGGACGGGGACGCGGUUGGUGGCGGAGUCGCUCGCUUUUGCCCCCUCGCGCAUUUCCUGCCCACCCUCAGGGCUCAAGGCUCACCCGGUCCGCUCUGUGAAGCAGCUUCAUGCUUUGCCUGAUUCGGGCGUGGCGUGUAGGAAACGGUCCUUGGCGUCCCACCCCUGGAUGCAUGGUUUAGAUCCCAGUCUCCAGCCGCCUGAAUCUGUCUUCACGAGAGGAUUGGCAGAUAUCUCCCGUAUCCAGCCAUCACGCUGACCCUUCCCCAAGCUUGAAUCGAAACUUGGCAUGUUCAGACUGCUGGUUGUCUCCACGAUUGUCCUGAUGAUGGAUCUGAACAAGAAUAAUCCUCCUCCUUCUUGGAAGAUAGGGGACAAGUAGCGCGUUUUGAGAAUUCGUGAAUAAAGAUCCCCAGUCGCCCGCACCCUCCUCCCCCGCAAACCCUGCUCUUUUUCUUUCCUCUCUUUUUUCCUCCCAUCGUCUGUCUGUCUGUCUGCUGGCGACCUCCCUCCCCCUGGUCCUCCCCAUCCCGUCUUCUUCUUAGGCAGACUUCGGCCCCCUUAUCCCAUCUCAAGGUCUUCUAAUAAUCCACAGAGUUAGCCUAUGUCGUCCAACGAACUGAGGGAGACAGGGUCUACGGAGAAGAACGAGCCCCUGAACCUGAAGCAAGUCCAAAGCCCUGGAGUGGUCGAAACAAUGGAGACCGUUGAAGAGCCAAAGAAAACGCUGUGGGAGAAGGUGAAGACGCCCGGCUCGGUAUACCAGAUUCUCAUUUCUGCGGUCAUCGCGAUCGCGAUCGGUUUCGCGGUGAACACAACCGUGGAAAAAGUGCCUGUUGCCGCUGUCGACCUGUGUAGCAUUCCCGGCAAAGUCUGGUUGCGCGCGCUGAAGAUGAUCGUCCUGCCUUUGAUCGUGGUCUCUCUGAUCCUCGCCGUCCAGCGCCUGCGGGAGAUGUCGCGCGGUGGCGCUCUCCUUGCCCGCUGGACGAUUGGGUACUAUCUCUUCACCACUCUGGUCGCCAUCUUGCACAGUACAAUCCUCGUGUCAUUGGUCUGGGCCAAGCAGUUCACUGAAGUCGAUCCAGAGACGCGGGCUAUCGACAAGGACCUGCAGAAGGACAUCGACUCACGAUCCGUGUACAAAGCACACGAUAUCGUCGUCGAGCUGUUCGAGACGCUGGUGCCGGACAACAUCGUCGCGGCGUUCGCUAAUGAUGUCCUCCUAGGUGUGCUCGUGGUGUCGAUUAUUCUCGGCUAUAUGAUUCGGGACCCGGCGACCUCUUCGAUUCUGAAGGUCGUGAGAGAGAUUGAAGGGCUGAUCACCGUUGCCAUUACGUUCCUCAUCAACAUGGCGCCCAUCGGUAUUUUCUUCCUGAUCAUGCCGAACCUGUUCAAGCUCGAUAUCAAGGAGGUUGGCAUCAAUCUGGGUCUGUUGAUCGGAGCGGGUCUCUCCGGCAUGGCCAUUCAGCUUUUUAUUAUAUACCCCAUCCUCUACUUUGCUGUUAUGAGGCAGAAUCCUUUCGCAUAUUGGAUGAAAAACUCACCCGCGUGGGUCACCGCAUGGGGCACGGCAUCGUCCGCAGGUACUAUGCCGGUAACGCUGAAGUGUCUUGCAGCUCGUAAGGUGCCAGAUACUAUAGCCAAGUUUGCAAUUCCGCUUGGUACUCUGGUCAAUAUGGACGGAACUGCCAUAUACCUCCCUAUCACCGUAACUUUCCUCGCAGCCACGCAAGGCCAGGUCAUCAGUGCCGGCCAGUACGUCGUAGUGUUCUUGACCGCGACGCUCGCCUCGAUCGGCACAACACCAAUCCCAAGCUCUUCCCUUGUCCUCAUUAUCAUGAUCGCCAAUAGUAUCAGCGUUGAGGUGACGGGCAUGUACGGAGUAAUCACAGCCAUUGACUGGUUCAUGGACCGUUUCCGAACCAUGACCAAUGUCACCGGUGAUCUUUAUGGUGGUGCCAUUGUCGCCAAGAUCACUGGCAUCAGAGACCCGAUUGUUGAUGCUGAUGGUACUAUAAUUGAUUCGUCUGCACAAGAUGAAAACGCGAAGCGAAACAGCCAAGUUUAAAUAAGUACAUAAGCCAAAACAGAAAAUAACAUUAUUUAAAAAAGAAAAAAAGACGGGGUUGGAGGGGGUGAGCCGGGUUGGAAAGGUUCGAGCUUAUCAUGUAUUUAACCAAUGCUGUACUCUGGAACAUACAUAAGAUCUAUAUAUAUAUAUAUAUAUAUAUUGUGUGCGGCGCCUGUGUAGCAUCUCCCUUAUGUCCGGAGUUAGUGGAGUUGAAAAAUGACCGGGCCCUAGUCAACCCCGAGUUCAUAGUUUAUGCCAAUGGCGGAAUAUAAGCCGGACAUAGCAGAGCAUGCGCGUACCAAUUCUCAGCACCCCAUAUAUCCAGCGGAAACUGACGUCAAGGUCCUAUUUCACGCGUAAUACUAGCCUCGCGCUGGGGCUGGGGAGAAAAAUGAAAGCCAAGUUCUUGCUCAUGUGCAUUUUAGCCUGUUCCGCUCAUUCCUGAGAUUGUCAAAGUACUGUAAUAUACAUCUUUGGCUAACAAGUUUGGAGGGUACCUGGCCAUAGGGUAAAAGCUUUGAAAUCAGCAGGUCAGUUGAGAUUAAUGGGGAAGGGAAGGCGCAGGAAGGAGAGGAAAAGAAUGCUUACUCGCUGGGCUUUACCAGCUUUUGAACGCAGAGGAUAUCGCCAUUUCCAAGUUCGGCCCGUUCGAAAGUUGAAUUAGGGUCCACGUUG